GAGAAGGGGAGGUCCGGAGGGGAGAGGCCUCGAUGAAUAUCCGUACUUUGCUUUCGGAGGCGGGUGUGACUCCCUGGAGACAAAGACGAGGAGGGGAAACUCCGUCCUCCCGCGUCCCCGCGUCCCCGGAGGCGAGGGGGAUGGAAGCCAGUCCAGCCAGGAGUACGGAGAGGAAGGGGAGCGGGCUGUCCCAGGCUGCAGCGUCCUUGAGUGGAGGUUCGAAGCCUUCACUAUCCCGUUCUGAGGAGUUCCUGGCCCAGAUCAGCACAGAACUCACCGAUGAGGCCUUGUUUGUUGCUGGCUACCGCGUGAACCCUGUGCCCAGCAUGGAAAAACAGACGCAAGACCAAGAGACUCAGAUAUACAAACACGAGUUCUUCACCAAGACCCAAGGCACCGACACUUGCUCUGACAGGAACCAUGCCUGCACCAAGGCACACCUUCUGCCAUCCUGUCAUGACAAGGGAGCUCUGCCUAGCAGCUUGACCUCUGAAGGAUGAUCCCAACCCCUUUUGUCAUCACCCCUGAAGCCUCCAGAAUGUCCUGGAACCAUCACACAUCCCUCCACCCUCAGCUGGCAAGGACACCGCCAGAAAACCAAGGCUUAAAUAAAGAGACAGAUCCUUCCCUCCUCCCAACCCUGGCAGUGCUCGGUGUGACUUCUCUGGCAUGGAGAUGCGGGAGGAGUGGCCUUUCUUUUUCUUUUCCUUUUUUUUGUCAGAUGUGUGGACAUAUUAUUGGAGCGGUUUUAAUUCAGGGCGUUAUCUAUCAACCUGCUGGCAGAGGUGUGCUCAUGGAUCCCUACCCAGCCUCCUAGCCAAACGUUAGCACCAUAAGGUCCGGGCCUGGCAUCUGAGCAGGUCCACUCUUGCCACCUCUGCCACCAAAGUCGGGCUGUGGUCUCCCCUCUGAGCUUUGGGGUCUCCUGCCGAUGGGAACAUAUCACAUCCUUUACUAGCCAGAGGCAAUUCGGCAGGCGUUGUGGAGUUUUCAUUUACAUUCCAGUCUGGCCAAUAGUGUAGCUUCUUGAGGAAGUCAGUUCGUAGCUCUGAGCCAGUUUCCUUAUCAGAACAUGGGAAUAACUGUCCUUGCCUCACAGGGUUAAAAACAUGCAUACAAAGUGCUUAGCACAAUGCCUGGCCCAGAAUAAAUGCCCCAAACUCAGGUUAUUAUCAAGAUCAAUUUGCCCCAUGUUCUCCUAAAAUUCAACCCCCUUUUGAGUAUUUCAGUAUCCUUUUGAAUGUCCUAAAUGUUUAAUUGUAUUUAAAUAUACAUUUUCAAUUAAGUAAAAGCCAAUUAAUUUAGAAACUCUUUAGACAAACAGGCUAUGGAUUCCUUAUGUUAAAAAUUAAAGUAGAAAUGGACA